UGUUGUUGUUUUAUUUUAUUUCGAUUGUGUUAACACGACCGUCCAACUUAUUAAACAGAAUUUAGUUUGGUCAGAGCUCUCGCUAACAGCGUUUGUAUGGUGGGAAUUGUCGUGUUUUCGGUAAUUGAAUCGUUAUAUCGUGAGUGAAUACUAUUUCUUUAACUUUCGACUAGACGGACUGACAUAACAACUGACACCAACUACUACAACAAGAUUCGAUUAACCAAAAUAAUAAUAACAAUAAAAAUCGAACGAAGCAACAAAUGAUAAUAACAACAACAAUAAUAAUAAUAAGAAAGAAAAUAAAAAAAUAAAUAAAUAUUACGAAAAUAAAAUAAUAAAAAGAAAAAAAAUUAUCGCCUUCGAUACGAUACGAUAUAAUAAAAUUUGAUUCGAUUCAAUUCAAUUUAAACGCCAACAAUGUCAGUGUCAUAAUUUUCUUUGGUUUGCGUGUGUGUUUGUGUGAUUGUUUUUUUUAUUAUUGUUUCUCAUAUCAAUUUGAUUUGUUUACACAAAAGAUGAAAAAUCUUUAAUUCAAGUGCAUGUAAAUAAUGCUUAUUGUUUAUGUAAAAUUAAAUAUUACAACAAUAAAAUCAUAAUAAUUGAAAAUAUUAUUGUUUAAUAAUAAAACACAAUCAAUUAAAAAAAAGAAGUUAAAUAUAAUCAUUGUUAUUGUGAAAAAAUAAUGUCUGUUAAUCAUCCCGAUUAUCCUCAACAACACCAACAACUUUAUCAACAUUAUCAGCAACAUUUAACCAGCACAAAAACAAUAACAUCAUCAUUAGUAUUAAAACUUCAUUAAUCACUCGGAAAGAGAACUCAUCAAUCAACCAAGAAUAUCUAAAAGACAUUUGAGAACUGACAUUUGGUGGUCGCUAGAAAUAGUAAAAGAAGGACCACUGGUACUUAAAUUUUGCAAGAAGAAAACACACAUUUUACACUUGAAAUACUUAAACACAAAAUUCUAACAAAAUGGUAGAUUAUUACAAAGUUCUAGAGGUACCACGUCAAGCCACAGAAGGAGAAAUUAAAAAAGCUUACAGAAAAUUGGCAUUAAAGUGGCAUCCGGAUAAAAAUCCAGAUAAUUUAGAUGAGGCCAACAAACGUUUUCGUGAGUUAUCCGAAGCUUACGAAGUUUUAUCAGACGAACGCAAACGAAAAAUAUACGAUUCUCGCUCGACUUUACAUAAAAGCAGCUACAGCAACUCAUCAUCAUAUACGUCGACUGGUGGUUAUGGUGGCUCAAAUGGUUAUGGUAGCGGUUAUCGCUAUCGUACUACAGGUGCCAAAGACUACGAUGAUUAUAUACCAAGUUAUGGUUCAUCAAAGCGUGGCAAUCGCUAUCAAACAUUCACCUUUAGAAAUCUCUUUGAAUCCACACCAUUCCACAAACUGUUUGAGAAAAAACGUCGUGUAUAUGAUCAAUAUGGCAAAGAAGGUUUAUUGGGAGAUCGUGGACACCAUCGUUCAUCAAGACAUCAUACGCAUGACUUUGAUGAUUUCGACAUAAUGGGUGGUGGUAAUCCAUUUGUGUUCCGGCCGCCAGAAGAAGUUUUUCGUGAAUUUUUCGGUGGGAAUUCACCGUUUGCCGAUUUAUUUAGAGAAGUCCAUUACAGUUCACAGCCAGGUAGCCGGCGUGCAAAUGGUUCUUCGGGCAGUCGAAGCCAUCACCAUCAUCAUGGAGCAAAUUCAAAAUUGACUUCACCCUUUGCUUCCCCCAUGCUCAAUUAUUCAAUGAUGGACUUUUUAAUGCCCAGCAAUGGUUUUACCUCAUUCUCAUCCUACAGCAGUAUGUCGAAUGGUAGUAGUGGUCGCACUAACGGUGCUGGCACAAAUGGAGCUGUUAAACGUACUUCAACAUCGACAACAUUUGUUAAUGGCAAAAAACUAAUGACAAAGAGGGUCUAUGAAAAUGGCAAAGAAACUAUUUUUUCAUAUGAAAAUGAUGUCCUGAAAUCAAAGACUGUGAAUGGAGUUGCCCAAAAACUCUCUUCAAUUACCAAUUAAAAUACAAAAAAUCAAAUAAGAAAACAAAAAAGUCAUUUCUAAUAGAUACAAACUCAAGACCAAGAUGUUCUCUUUACACGUUUUAGCAAAAUAAAGGAAAAUUAAAAAAAAAUUAAAACAUAAAAAUGCUACAACAAAACUCCUCAAUAAAGCACACAAAAUUUAUUUUUUUAUUUCAUUUUAAUUUUUUUUUAUUAUAACAUUUUGCUUAUACUUUAAAAUUAAUAUUUGUUUUAGUAUUUAGUUUAAAUUUAUACACACACAAAAAAAAUAAAAGAAAUACAGCAAAGAGAUUUCGUUAAAACUAUGAAUAUAAUUCCUUUGUUCUAAUAAAAAAAAUUAAAAAUAAUCUCUUUUAUAUGUAUGUAUGUAUAAUCAAAUUUGUAUAUUUAAAUAUAACAUUGUACUGCUUGCUUGCUGCCUCGUAUGAAUGUGAAGAUUGAGAAAAAAUGAAGUUAAAUUACUAUAAAAACAGGGAGCAAAAGGAAGAAAAACAAUUAAGAAUAGAUGUAUUUGAAUUUAAUCUUCCCUAAACUAAAUGUGUAAUGAAUUGAUAAAUGUGAAUUAUAUGCAAAAUUUUAAUGUUUAUUUCGAUUUUGGGUUUUUCUUUCUUUUAAUUUCUUCGUUUAAACCGUAUGUAUUCUUAAGUUUAGUUAAUAAUUAUUACAAAUCUAAGAUGUUCUCUAGUUUAUAUUAUAAUUUGUUUGCUUAAAUAAUUUACAAUAUACAUAAACAAAAAAUAGCAUUAAAAUAAUAUAAAAAUCUAAAAUAAAAGAAAAA